ACCACCAGCAUUUGCCGUGGAGUUCGGACGCGUGUUUCGUGUGCGCUUCAGCACAAGCUUUAUUCGCGUGAGUUGUGUGACGACGGCAGCAUCAAGCCGAAACAGGCGUUUUGACGUGGAUCAUCCUCUUGGUGUUUUGUUGUACAUAAAUGAAAGAAUUUUUAACCCAACCAAGUUAAGUGUAGUGCAUGACGCGUCGUUUAUGAGUGUUGAAAAAAUCGUUUUCGAAAAAAGUGUGUUUUAGUGCUUCAACUUGCCUUGCAGUAGUGAAGAAGCGAGUGUGCCCUAGUUGCGUGCGGCAAACAGAGGAAUCCUUCCAUUGCAGCCUGGAAUUUCUGGAGUGUGUGAUUUACAUUACUUUUGGAAGCAACCGGUAAACUGACACUGCAACUCUGGAUUACGGAUACGGAGACGAUCCGAAAGGUAAGCCUAGACCAGAGGUGACGUUCAGCUGUUCUUUUCGCGUGGCGAAGAACGGAUGUCACUUUAUCGGGAACCUGCACGGCUGCAACGCAACUCCCUGAUUGUCAAUCUACGUCAUCCGUUAUCGAAUGUCUGAUCAAUCGCUAACAUGACACUUUAGGUUCCAAUUAUGAACCAGGCGGCUAUGCGUUCCAAGUACAGCAGCGCACCAACAUGACGCAACGGGAAGGCAUACACAAGUUUGAGAACGAGCGUAUCAAAACGCUUCAGGAGGAACGUUUGCACAUCCAGAAGAAAACGUUUACAAAAUGGAUGAACUCCUUUCUGGUGAAGGCCAAGAUGGAGGUCGACGACCUGUUCAUCGAUCUGGCAGACGGUAUCAAGCUGCUGAAGCUGCUGGAAAUCAUUUCUGGCGAGAAGCUGGGUAAACCGAACAGUGGCCGCAUGCGUGUACAUAAGAUAGAGAACGUUAACAAAAGUUUGGCCUUUCUGCACACGAAGGUUCGGCUGGAAUCGAUCGGUGCAGAAGACAUCGUAGACCAUAAUCCCCGCCUUAUUCUCGGCCUGAUUUGGACGAUCAUUCUUCGCUUCCAGAUUCAGGAGAUCGAAAUCGAUGUGGACGAAGAAAAUGAAUCGUCGGAAAAGAAGUCCGCCAAAGAUGCGCUGCUGCUGUGGUGUCAGCGCAAGACCCACGGGUACCAACAUGUACACAUUACCGAUUUUACCAACUCGUGGCGGUCCGGUUUGGGCUUCAACGCGCUCAUUCACUCGCACCGUCCCGAUCUGUUCGAUUACAACGGGCUCAUGCCCGGACGGAACAUUGAAAACCUCAACCAUGCGUUUGAUGUGGCGGAACGCGAGCUGGGCAUACCGCAGCUGCUGGAUGCGGAAGAUAUCGACACGGCCCGACCGGACGAAAAGUCCAUCCUCACGUACGUUGCCUCGUACUAUCACACGUUUGCGCGGAUGAAGAGCGAGCAAAAGGGCGGCAAGCGUAUUGCCAACAUUGUCAACAAGCUGAUGGACGCGGACAAAAAGAAGAUGCAGUUCGAGCACCUGAUAACGAACCUGCUGAGCUGGAUACGGGCCAAGACGGUGGAGCUGGAGAAGCGCAACUUUCCCAAUUCGGUCGAAGGCAUCCAGGGCGAGCUGCUAGCGUUCAAGGAGUACCGCACGGUCGAGAAGCCACCCAAAUACAAGGAACGUAGCGAAAUCGAAGCCCUCUACUUUCACGUUAACACCCUGCUCAAAUCGCUAAAUCAACCGCACUACACGCCACAGGAUGGUAAGAUGAUAAACGACAUUGAAAAGGCCUGGCAGCGGCUGGAAAAUGCCGAACAUAACCGAGAGGUCGCGCUGCGUGACGAGCUCUUGCGGCAGGAGAAAUUGGAACAGCUAAACUUCAAGUUCGAGAAGAAGUCGGUGCUGCGCGAGGGAUACCUGAACGAGAUGAUCCAAGUGCUGACGGAUCCACGGUACGGUCCGGCACUGCGGCAGGUCGAUGCCACCGUCAAGAAGCAUGAAGCCAUUUCGGCCGAUAUUCUGGCACGUGCCGAUCGGUUCAACGAUCUUACCGAUAUGUGUAACGAACUGCACGAGGAGAACUAUCACGGCAAGGACCGGGUAAAGAAGCGCGAGCAGGAGGUGAUUACGAAGUGGAAGGAGCUGCUCGAGCUGUUGGAAAAUCAUAAGCUAAAGCUGUCGCAGAUGAGCUCGCUGAUGAAUUUGUUGCGCGAGAUCGAUGCCACGAUGACUACCAUAAAGGCGCUCCAGGCACAGUUUGCGUCGGAAGAUGUGGGUCCACAUCUGCUUGGCGUGGAGGAACUGUUGCAAGCUCAUUCCCUGCUCGAGCUGCAGGUUACGACGCUCGGUGAAACGCAACGUCGCUACGUUCGCCAAGGCGAGGCGUUCAAAAGAGGUGACUACAAAGAUACGAGCCAACUAGACGCGAAGCUAGCCGAACUGGCCAAACUGUACCAGGAGCUGCAAGCGCUGAGUGCGGCUCGUCGUGCGCGGUUGGACGAGGCGCGCGAUUUUUACCAGUUCGUGGAAGAUCACGAGAACGAGGAAGGAUGGCUUGUGGAUAAGCAGCGCAUCUGUAAGGCUGGUAUUACGGCGAAGGAUCUGCGUGCCGUCAUGUCGCUGCAGCAAAAGCAUAAAGCACUAGAGGACGAGAUGAAGGUGCGCAAACCAAAAUCGAACCAGAUCACCGAGGCGGGAAAGAAACUGAUCGGCGACAAACACUCGCGAACGGCCGACGUGCAAGGCAAGAUCGAUUCGCUUCAGGAGCACUGGAAAGCGCUGGAAGAUUUGGUGGAUCUGCGCAAGCGACAGCUGGAGGAUGCUUCCGAAGCCUACCAGUACUACGCCGAUGCAAACGAAACCGAUUCCUGGUUGAACGAAAAAAUGGCAUUGGUCGCAUCGGAUGACUUCGGUGUAGACGAACCGUCAGCCCAAGCACUGUUGCAGCGCCACCGGGAUCUUCAGGGUGAGCUGAACGCUUACUCGGGAGACAUACGCAAUUUGACGCAUCAGGCAGAAAAAUUAAUCAAGGCUGGCAUUUGUACGCUAGACUUGUCGGCCGAACCGGAACCGGUGCAGGAAAUGGAACAGGAAGAGUGGGUGAACGAAACUCGUCUAGUGCCGAAGGAGGUGUGGGAAGACGAACCAGUCGAGCGGCUGGAGCAUCGUACAGUGACGGAAAACAAGCUGCUACCGCACGUUCAAGCGCUGUACCGUUUCGAGGGUCAAAACAUGAAAGUGUCCAAAGGCGAUGUAAUGAUUUUGCAGAACAAAAACAACGUUGACUGGUGGAACGUCCGCAAGCUCGACGGUACGGAAGGGUUUGUGCCGGCAAACUACGUGAAAGAGAUCGAGCCUCGGCCCGUGCCCUGUCUGGUGCGCAAGGCGGAGAAGGUAAAGGUGAUGCAAAAGGUGAAGAAAACCAUCCUGGUGAAGGAGGUGAUACAGGUGAAGCGCGUCCGGCCGGCCAAGGUUAGCCAGAUGAAGCCGCUGGUUAAACGGCGCACGCGCGGCGACGACCCUACAGCCAUCGAUAGCAACGACAGUGUCGAUAAGCGCCAGAAGCACAUCAACGACACGUACGAUCAGCUGCAGGAGCUGGCCGACAGGCGACGUGCGUUGCUGGAGGACUCCAUCUGCCUGUUCCGCUUCUACCGCGAGUGUGAUGAUUUUGAAAAGUGGAUAAAGGAUAAGGAAAAGAUGCUCCGUACCGACGAUCCAAAGGGGAGCGUGGAAACCGCUCGGCGUCAAUUUGAAACCUUUGUAAACGAUCUUUCCGCGUCAUCGAAGCGCGUGGAAGCGAUCGACUCGGAUGUGGAAGAUUUCGUGCGCCAAGGACACUCGCAGCUGGAUAAGGUCAAGGCUCGCCAGCGGCAGAUCCACCAGAUGUGGGAACAUCUCAACUACCUGAAGGGCCAGAAGGAAAAGAGUCUGGAGGGCGCGUCAAGCGUGGAGCUAUUCUACCGCACGUGCGAGGAAGCGAUCGAUUGGAUGAACGAAAAGAUGACACAGCUCGAUACGGCUGAGGUUGGUCCGGAUCUGAAAACCGUUCAAGCGCUGCAGCGUCGCCACGAAAAUCUGGAACGCGAGUUGGCCCCGGUUAAGGAGAAGGUGAACCGCGUGAAUCUGCUGGGCAACACUGUCAAAAACUCGUAUCCAUCCGAGCGCGACAAUGUCAGCGAAAAGCAGCGCGAAAUUCAAAACCUAUGGCAAAAGGUCCAGGAAAAGGCUAAGGAACGCCGGUCGCGAUUGGAGAACGCCGUCGGGCAGCAGAUUUUCAACAACAGCACCAAGGCAUUGCUUAGCUGGAUAGCCGGGUGCAACAACCAGCUGAACGCGGAGGAAACGGCGCGUGACGUCGAAACGGCCGAAAAGUUGCUGAAGAAGCACAAGGAUUUGGGCGAGGACAUACAAGCACACGACGACGAAUUUGCGCAGCUAGCCAAGCUUGGUCAGCAAAUUCUCGACCGCAAUCCUGCGCUCACCGAAGACCCUGAAAUGGCCAACAAGAUUGCGAAGCUGGAGGCCGAACGGCAGCAGCUACAUGCUGCCUGGCUGGCGAAAGAGAAGAAGCUGCAGCAAUGCAUCGAGCUGCAGGUAUUUAAUCGCGAAGCGGAUAAAAUUGAUGCGACAACGAAAAGCCACGAGGCGUACCUGGAAUACGACGAUUUGGGUGAUUCGCUCGACGACGUGGAGGCCAUCAUGAAGCGCCACAUUGAUUUUGAAAAUUCGCUCGGCGCACAGGACAAGAUCCUGAAGAACUUCUCCGACGGAGCCGAUCGGUUGAUUCGCAACAACCAUUACGACGCCAAGUACAUUGAUGAGCGUCGUGCGCAGGUCUUGGCACGCCGCGAGCGGGUCAAGGAGCUGGCACAAAAGCGUCGCAACGCACUGCAGGCAUCGAAGGAUUUCCAAAAAUUCUCGUCCGAUGUGGACGAUCUGAACCGGUGGUUGGCGGAUAAGACCAAAAUUGCUAGCGACGAAAGCUACAAGGACCUGUCCAACCUGCCGCGCAAGCUGCAGAAACAUAAGGCGUUCGAGCGGGAGUUGCGUGCCAACGAAGGCCAGCUGCGUAUGGUCAACAAAGAGGGCGAAUCACUGAUCAAAACAAACAACCGUGCCGGUGAAGUAAACGAUACGCUGGUGGGUAUCAAUCAGAAAUGGAAGGAUUUGGUAGCCACGUCGUUGGAGAAGGGACGGCGGCUGGAACAGGCGGCACUGCAGCGGGAGCACAAUCGCUACAUCGAGGACUCGAAAAGUAAGUUCGACGAGCUGGAUCAUGCACUGCAGAGCAAGCAGGUGGGCAACGAUUUGCGCAGCUGCAAGGAACUGAUGAACAAGCAUCAGGUGCUGGAAAACGAUAUUGCUCUGUGGGAGCAGAAGGUGGCAGAGCUGGUCACCACCGGCGAAGAGAUGGCACACGAGGGUCAUUUCGACGCUAACAACAUUCAGAACGAGACUAAAAAGUUGCAGCUGCAGUUCGCUGGUUUGAAGACACCAGCCCGCCAGCGCCGCGAUGCGCUGGACGAAAGCUUGCGCUUCCACAAGUUUGUGUUCGAGCUGGACACCGAGCUGCAGUGGAUUAACGAGCAUCUGCCGGCUGCGAAAUCGGAAGUAAUCGGUCAAAACCUUCACCAAGCACAAAGCCUCUCGAAGAAGCACAAAAAGCUGGAAGCCGAGAUCGAGGGUCAUCAGCCGAUGAUAAACAAAACGCUGACGUCGGCCGAGAAUCUGAUCAACCAGAACCAUCCGGAGCGGGCCAAAGUGAAGGAACUGUGCAACGCGCUCGAGAAAGCAUGGGCUGAUCUGCAGGAUCAGUCGGCGGAACGAUCGCGCAAGCUCGAGCUAUCGCUCAAGGCCCAGCAGUAUCUGUCAGAGGCGGGUGAAAUUGAAACAUGGCUAGGCGAACGGAACAACGUGCUUCGAUCUUCGGAUUAUGGGCGGGAUCGCGAUUCGGCGACGAAGCUGCUCACCAAGCACAAGGUGAUCGAGCUAGAGCUGGACACCUACUCCGGUAUCGUGUCCGAGAUGGGGCAUACGGCAUCGGCCAUGAUUGCGGCAAAGCAUCCCGACAGUAAGGUGAUCGGCGCUAAGCAGCAGCUUAUUGAGAAGAUGCUUAAAUCCUUGCAAAGACUCGCUGGCCAGCGCCAAAUACGCCUCAUGGAAAGUCUGUAUCGCCACGAAUACUUCAUGGAGUCGGCUGAACUGGAACAGUGGAUCAAGGAGCAAGAGCAGGCGGUCAAUUCGGAAGACUACGGGCAUGAUUACGAACAUUUACUGGUUCUGCAAAACAAGUUUGACGACCUCAAGCAUCGCAUUGAAGUUGGAGCGGAGCGUUUCAAUCAGUGUGAAAAUUUCGCCAAGAAACUGAUCGGCGGAGACAGUCCGUAUGUUUCGGAGAUCGAGAAACGUCAGGAACUAUUGAGAUUUUUCUCUGAAGCUCAGCUGGAUGUCGCCGAUUUGUAUGAAAACCUACGCAACGCUUGGCAACAACUGCUUGAACAGCUGGAUGCGCGUGAGAAGAAGCUCCACGCUGCCGGCGAAAUUCACCGGUUCCAUCGUGAUGCAGCCGAAGCAUUGUUCCGUAUUCAGGAUAAGAAUGCUGCCCUGUCGAGCGAACUGGGAAAGGAUUUGAAUUCAGCUCUAGCGCUGGCACGCAAACACGAAGCGUUCGAGAAUGAGCUGGUACCGUUGGAAGCUCAGCUGCAGGUGCUGGUUGACGAUUCGUUGCGCCUGCAAGCGAAGUACCCCGGAGACAACGCCAAGGCAAUCGCGGCCGAGCAGGAAAAUGUAAUUCAGUACUGGAACUUGCUUAAAGAAAAGUCCGCCCUGCGCAACGAUCAGCUACACGCGAGCUGCGAUCUGCAGCACUUCCUAACGCAGGUGCGCGAUCUUAUGUCGUGGGCAACGAACCUCAGAGCUGCCCUGCAAGCCGAAGAGCACGUCAGCGAUGCAGCCGGUGCUACAGCGCUCAAGAUUCAGCACGACGCCAUAUACGGCGAAAUCGAAGCCCGCGAGCAAACGUUCCGCGAGCUGAACGAGCUGAGCGAUUCCAUGGUCCAGACGGGUCAUUAUGCGGCGACCGAGGUAGAGGAGAAGUGUUCCGCCCUGCUGGAUGAGCGUGCCAAGCUACAUUCGGCGUACAAUAAGAAGAAAAUCUUGCUGGAGCAAAAGAUCGAUCUGUUCUGCUUCAUGCGCGAUGCGAAGGUGAUCGAUAACAUUUCCAGCGGCCAGGAGGCCACCCUGUCCAGCUCCGACUUUGGCCAAACGGUCGAGGUGGUGCAGGAUCAGGUGAAGCGUCACGAAGCGUUCGAGAAGCUGAUCCAAACGCAGGACGAAAAGGUGGCGAUCCUGCAGGACCACGGCCGUAAGCUGGUGGAGCAGAAUCACUACGAUAGUGAGAACAUCCGGCGGCGCUUGCGCGAGAUUGUCGAGCGACGGCAAAAGGUGAAGGAUUUAUGCACGCUGCGACGGCAAAAGCUAGCGAAUGCGCUGCUUUACGCGCAGUUCAUCCGCGACUGUGCGGAAGCCGGUGCUUGGAUCAACGAAAAGCAGAAGAAGCUGGAGGCGGAUGCGCACAGCUAUACCGGCACCAGCAAUAUGGAGGAUAAGGUGAAAAAGUUGAAGAAGCUGCAAGCGUUCGAGGCGGAGGUAAAUGCCAACGAGGGUCGCAUCGGCGAGGUGCGCGACAAGGGUGAAAAGCUGAUCGGCAAGAAGCACGAGUGUGCCGGCGAAAUUCAGGACGAGUUGGUGAAGCUGAUGCAAUCGUGGAACGUGCUUUUGAACGAGCUAUCCUCCCGCAGCAAGGGCCUGAAGGAGGCGCAGGAUAUCCUGGAGUUCAACACGCAGCUCGACAAGCUGGAGGCUUGGAUCCGCGACAAGGAGAUGAUGAUCAACGCUGGCGAGACGGGUCGCGAUUUGGAGCAUUGCAAUGCGUUACGGCGCAAGCUGGACGAUGUGGACAGCGAUAUGCGGGUCGAUGAUCAGCGCAUCAAAAAUAUCAAUCAGUUGGCAGAUAAGCUGGUGAGCCAGGACAAGGUCGAGGGAAAGAACGUCCAGCAGCGCAGGGAAAACUUCAACAACAAAUGGAAGUCGCUGCAGGGCGCACUGAGCCGCUAUCGGGAUCUGCUCGCCGGAGCGUACGAAAUACACGUGUUCAACCGGGACGUCGAUGACACGGCGGAGCGUAUAGCUGAGAAGAUGCUCGCCAUGAGCGUCGAUGAUACGGGGCGCGAUUUGAUUGCGGUGGAAGCGCUGAAACGCAAGCAGGAGGCCAUCGAACGCGACAUGACGGCUGUGGAGCAAAAGAUCCGCGAGCAUGAAACGAGUGCGGCAGCGCUGGCCGAUAAGUAUCCGGACAACGCGAUCAACAUCGUGGAAAAGCUGGACGAGCUGAAGAAACAUUGGAACGAACUGCAGAACGCAAGCGUGAAGCGGGCGGAGCUGCUCAAGCAAGGCUACACGGCGCACAAGUUCACCGCGAACGUGAAAGAGCUGGAGCUUUGGGCGAACGAAAUGAUCAAGCGCAUGGAUUCGGCUACCAAGCCGGCGACCAUUGCGGACUGCGAAGCGCAGAUACAGCUGCACAACGAACGGAAGGCUGAAAUCGACGGGCGGGAUCUCGUGUUCCGAGAGCUGAAGGAGCACGGGGAACGGUUGGUGGCCGAAAACCGCGAACGUUCCGUUCGCAACGAUCACGUCGAGAAGGCGCUGCGCAAUCUGGAGGACCUGAACAAGCAUCUGCAUGACUCGUGGAAGGGCCGCUCACGCGGUUUGAAGGAAGCGCAUCAGCUGCAGCUAUUCAAGGAGCAGGCCGAUCAGAUUGUGGAAUGGCUGACCAACAAGGAAGCUUUCCUGAACAAUGAUGAUCUGGGCGAGUCCUUCACCGCCGUGGAAGCGUUGAUAAAGAAACACGAAGCGUUCGAGAAGCUGCUGCACUCCAAUCGCAUCGGCGAGCUGGAACGGUUUGCAGAGGAAAUUCUGGCCGAAAGCCCCUUUGAAGCGGACGUGAUCAAGCAGCGGCUGUAUGCGGUUAUCAGCCGCAAGGACAAGCUGCUUGCAUCGGCCGAAUCGCGCAAGCAGAAGCUGCAGGAAAGUCUACAGCUCCAGCAAUUCCUGCGCUCGCUGUACGAGGUUGAGAAGUGGACGAAUCAGAAAAUGCAAAUCGCGCUGGACGAGAACUAUCGCGAGCCGAGCAACUUGCAGAGCAAGAUACAGAAACACGCCGCGUUCGAUGCGGAGCUUCUCGCCAACUCGGGUCGUGUGACGGCCGUCAUAGAGGAGGGCGAAUCGCUGAUCAAUGCCGAACACUACGCGAGCAGCCUGGUGCAGGAACAGCUGGACAUCGUGGAAAGCGAGUGGCAGAAGCUGAGCGAAGCAUCACGCGAGAAAAAGGAACGGCUGGCGGAAGCGUACGAUGCGCUUCUGUUCCAGCGCAGUCUGGAGGACUUCAACAACUGGAUGGACGAGGUAGAGGCCCAGCUGUCGUCCGAAGACUAUGGGCGCGAUCUGGCUUCCGUGCACAAUCUGCUCAAGAAGCACGAUAUGCUCGAGGCGGACGUUGCCCAUCAUGCGGACACCUGCGAGCAGAUCAGGGCGACCGACGCGAAGAUGCUGUCGUCCGACCAUUUCCUGAAGGACGAGUUGCACGAAAGUGCAAUGCUUACGAUCAAGCGCUACCAUUCACUCCACGAACCCACCACCAUCCGGCGCGACAAUCUGGAGGAUUCGCUGCAGCUGCAUCAGUUCUUGCGCGACGCCGAGGACGAGCUGCUGUGGCUGAACGAGAAAGAACCGCAGGCUGCCUCGAAGGAUCUGGGCAGCAGCCUAACCGCGGUGCAAAGCCUGCAGAAGAAACACCAGGCACUCGAGGCAGAAAUCCUCAUCCAGGAACCGAUCAUCUCCGCGUUGGUGCAGCGCGGUCAGCAGAUGAUCCGCGAUAACCAUUACGCGGUUGAACAAAUCGAGCGACAGUGUGGCCAGCUGCAGAACAAGCUCGUGAACUUGCGCAACCUCACAAACGUUCGACGCCUGCGGCUGCUGGACGCCGUCGAAAGCCAACAGUUCUAUGCCGAGGCAAACGAGGCCGAAUUCUGGCUGCGCGAGAAGAAGCCCAUCAUCUCGUCGCAAGACUAUGGCAAGGAUGAGGAUUCCGUUGGCUCGCUGCAGAAGAAGCUGGAUGGGUUGCAGCGAGAGCUGGUCGCGUUUAAGCCGACGGUGGAAAAAAUCGAAAAGCUCGCGAGCGGCCUGCAGACACGCGGCCACUUUGACAGUGACAAAAUCAAGAACAAAAACGAUAAAAUUCAGUACCAGUUCCAGGAGCUGAAUCGGUUGGCCGGCGAGCGGGAGAAGAAGCUGGCCGAGAUGAAGAAGCUGUACGAGUUUGUGCGCGAGAUCGAUGAUCUGCAGGAGUGGAUCGAGCUGCAGAUGACGACGGCCGGUUCGGAGGAGUACGGUACGGACGUGGAGCACGUCGAGCAGCUAACGGCACAGUUCGAAUCGUUCGUAUCGAACCUGAACGCAAACGAAUCGCGCGUUACGGGCUGCGUCGCGAAGGGCGAGGCAUUGCUGAACGACGGCAACCCCAACAAGGACACCAUCAAGGCAAAGCGCGACGAAACGAAGCAGCUGUGGGAAGAGCUGAAGGAUUUGGUCGUUGCACGUCAGGAGGCGCUGGCCGGUGCGCGGCAGGUGCACGUGUUUGACAGAACCGCCGAUGAGACGAUCGCUUGGAUCAACGAGAAGAUAUCGUCCGUACUGUCGGAGGACUAUGGGCACGACCUAGAGACAAUCCAAUCGCUGGUGCGCACGCACGAAGCGUUCGAGGCAGAGCUGGGCGCCAUCAAGGAGCAGCUGGAAUCGGUCGUGAACGAGGCGCAAAAGCUCGCCGACACCUACCCCGACGCAAAGGAGCACAUCGAGGUGAAGCGCGAUGAAACGAUCGAGGUAUGGUCCGAGCUGAAGGAGCGAACGGUCCAGCGCAAGGAGAAGCUCAUGCAGGCCGAACAGCUCCAAGCGUACUUCGACGAGUACCGUGAUCUGAUGGCGUGGAUCAACGAAAUGUUGGCCAAGAUCACCGCUCCGGAUCUAGCGAAGGAUGUUGCCGGCGCAGAAGCACUGAUCGGCAAGAUCCGGGAGCAUCGUACCGAGGUAGAAGCGCGGAAGGAAGCGUUCGAGGUGUUUAACCGCACGGGACGGAAACUGAUCCACGACAAACACUUCCUGGCCAACGAGGUGCAGGAGAGGAUCGCCGUGCUCGAGCAGCGCAAACGCUUGCUAGACAACACCAUCGUGCAGCGGCUGGAGAUGUACGAGCUCAACCUGGACACACAGCGGUUCCUGAAGGAAGCGGAAGACAUGGAAGGCUGGAUCAUCAGCCGCCAGAUGCAGCUGAAGGACUCGAAGCUGGGCGACUCGAUCGCGCAGGUAGAGGAUCUGUUGCGCAAGCACGAAGACUUUGAGAAAACAGUGGCUGCCCAGGAGGAGAAGGUGUUGGCGCUCAAGCGCAUCACGCUCCUGGAGCAACGGUUCAAGAAGCAGCUCGAAGCCGAACAAGCGGCACGCAUCGCCGAGAAGGAACGCAUUGAGCGGGAACGCCAUGAAGCGCUGAAGCAGAAAGAGGUUCAACGCAUCACGGAGGAACGGCGGCGACGGGAACCGGCCUCGAUCAACGGCUACAACGACUCCGUGUCCGGAAUGGGUAAUGCGAGUGGUGGUCAUUUGUCGUCGCCCGCUGGCGCUGGCAUGAUGGUCGAUCGCAACGACUCCUCUGUCGGCUCGGGGGCCGGCAUGAUGAACACCUCCAACAGCACGGCGUCGGUCGGCGUAAGCCACGCGGAUCAAACGAGCCCGGUGCAGAAAUCGAACUCCUUCGCCACGAUGCUGCAGGAGCGCUUGCGGCGCGGAUCGGACAGCAACAUCAAGCGGGCGGAGAGCAUGAAGAUGGGUCUGAAGCCGGUGAAGCGUGCGCCCUCCUUCACGACACGUCGCCGGGCCCAGAGCUUCCGCAAGAAUCAACGUACCGGCGGUGCGGGAUCCGAGUCGGACGCUUCGCUUCUGCCACCGGUGGAAGUGCAGGGAUUGCUGGAACGCAAGCACGAGCUGCAGUCCGGUGGGAAGAAGGCGCCGGUACGCUCGUGGAAACCGUACUACACCGUCCUGUGCGGUCAGUUGCUGUGCUUCUUCAAGGACAGCGAAGACUUUGCCAUGCAGAAGGCGGCCACCGCUCCGGUGAACAUUCUGAAUGCGAAAUGCGAACGGGCGGAGAACUACACCAAGAAGAAGAACGUGUUCCGGCUGGUGUUGCUCGACGGUUCCGAGUUCCUGUUCAUGACCACCUCGAAGGAAUCGCUCAACGAGUGGGUGAACAAGAUUGCGUUCCACGCCGCGCUGCCACCGAAUCUGCAGCUCAUGAGCUACGACGAGUCUGUGAAGCAAAAUAACAGCGCGCCCGACAUGAAAUCGAUCAGUUCCGCCCAAUCUCCGACGCCCGACCGGAGUGAUGCCGCGUCGUCGAUAAGCUCGCGGACUUCUUCGCCGGACAGCCAGCGGCGGGAUUCGCGGACCUCGCUAAACAGUGCCAAAUCAGGAUCGGGAAGCAACGGUAGCUUCCACACACCGCAGACCAACUUCCUGCAGAAGCAGAAAGAGUUGCGCGAACAGGAGCUGCAGCAUCAGCGCAUGUCAUCCGGUCAGCAGUACAACAACCUUCCGUCCCCGACUGCACCGGGACCGAUGCCGGAAGUGUUCGGAUUGGCCGACAAACCUCCGAUCCCGCCGCGCGGCAUGCCUCCCCCGGUCCCUCAGCGUCAGUCCAGCACGGACAAUGUGCUGAACAGCAACAACGGCUCCGUCCAGAUGCGCUCUAAACCGCCUGGCUCAGCCAACAGUCCCAACGGAAGUGACUACGAUAAUGCCAACAUUCGUCCGUACUCGCUGCAACCGGGCGCGAUGUCCAGCAAGUCGCCACCUGCAUCACAGAACGGCGGCAACCUCACCGGCGAAGACGUGUGGUUACGAAACAGCGAAAUCAGAACAUCGGACUAUUCCGUUCCACCGCUUCCGGUCACCUCCACACCGUUGAGCACGUUUACACCGCUGAAGCCUCCGUCCGGUUAUCAGCAUCCGGCGCAACACUAUCACCAGCAAUCGCCGUCCUCAGCCACAGGGACGGCCACCUCAACCUUCCAACCUCAUCCCAACCAUAACAUGCCUCAGCAGCCUCAAAAGCAUCAGAUCGAUCAGUUUAUUCGACGCGAGCAACAGACGGGAAACAGUUCGUCUGCCCGCACGGGAAAUAACGGCACGUCCCGUACGACAUGGCACCAUCCGAUGGUUCCUACCGGCAAUGGAACCGGCAACACCACUAAUGAACAGCAGCAACAGCUGGCUUAUCACGGCAACGGCAAGCAAAGCCAUCAUCAUCAGCAUCACCAUCCGCAUCAUCACGGGCCGCAGGGAAGCAUGGGGACGCAGCCGCCCCCACCACCACCACCCACGCAUAUGGCCAACAGCAGCAGCAACACCUUUGGCAACAGCAUCAACCUGGACGGCUUCAGCACCGGUUGGGGUCAGUCCCGCUUUGAUGCAGCUCGACCAACAUCGUUGCCACCGGCUGGCGCCAACAACAACAACAACAACAACAACGGUGGCAGCACGAGUGGUGGCCCAACGACGACGACGUCGCUGGUAGGCCAAGACUUUGGCCAGCUCGUAUCGGGUGGCGUCGGUCGCCAUCAGUCCGCCGAGAGCUCUAGCGAAAGCGAGGCCAGCUUUAUCAAGGGCGGCAAGGAAUCGUCGAGCGGCAAGGACAAGAAGGGCGUGUUCAGAAUAUUCUCCAAGAAGAAGUCUAAAAACUCGAGUUAGAAGGGGAGGUCCCUACCUACCUUACCUAUCUAUCGAUCACUCGAUCGUUUUACACAGACACACAACACUUGUCGGUCGGUUGAAAACGAUAUCAACCAGCAUACGCCUAUCAUAUUUCUUAUUGAAACUUUUGUGGUGGUGCGCCACACUAUCCGCUUUCUUUCAUGUGUUUGUCUAGUUUUUUUUUUGUUUGCUUACGUGUUUUGUAUUGAUUAAGGCGUAAAGGGCGGACAGUUAAUAAGGAAAAAGCAUAUAGUUAGGUUUAACACAGGAAAAAAAGGAAGAAGAAAGCGAAAGCAGUAACAAACAUACAUAGUAGGCAGCGCGUUUUUUAGUAGAUUGGUUAAAGAUUAGUAUUUAGCAUUAAAAGAGCUCUGUUGUUAUUCGCACGUCCAAGUAGGCCGAACGUUAGCUAGGCGGUGAAAGUCUUUGAAGAAAAGCAUCUUUCGCCGCUUCCGCCGGGAGAGUAUAAAGGGUGUCGAUAAGAUUUAGUUGGAUUAUUGCAUAUACUUUUAAAAGAGUAGCUUUUUUUGUUUUGAAUGUAUGUUAUUCGAGGUUAGGCCAUUAGGAGUGUUUGUAAUAGCGAAUAAAUAGUAUCCUUAAUAAUAAAAGCAUUAACAAACUUUGGAA